CACACAUUCAGUUAAGAUUUUUAAAUUUUCGCAUGAACAGCUGUGUAGGAAAGUAUUCUAAAAAUUUUGUUCCAUCACAUAAACUGUAUUUCACAAGCGUGUUGUAUUUCUAAGGCGCCUGCUGAUGAAUGUCUAUGACGCCUGUUGGAAUUUCAUGACGCUUCUUGAUCUCCAUGACGCGUGUAGUACUACAUUGACCUCUUGUCUACGACUAUGUCGAUAAAAAAGACAAAAGCCAAACCAAUGAAAGCAGACAAACCUAUUGUCUACAGUAACAUAGGCCAAGCAGACAAACCUAUUGUCUACAGUAACAUAGGCCAAGCAGACAAACAUAUUGUCUACAGUAACAUAGGUCCAGCAGACAAACCUAUUGUCUACAGUAACAUAGGUCAAGCAGACAAACCUAUUGUCUACAGUAACAUAGGCCAAGCAGACAAACAUAUUGUCUACAGUAACAUAGGUCCAGCAGACAAACCUAUUGUCUACAGUAACAUAGGCCAAGCAGACAAACCUAUUGUCUACAGUAACAUAGGUCAAGCAGACAAACAUAUUGUCUACAGUAACAUGGGCCAAGCAGACAAACAUAUUGUCUACAGUAACAUAGGUCAAGCAGACAAACAUAUUGUCUACAGUAACAUGGGCCAAGCAGACAAACCUAUUGUCUACAGUAACAUAGGCCAAGCAGACAAACCUAUUGUCUACAGUAACAUAGGCCAAGCAGACAAACCUAUUGUCUACAGUAACAUAGGCCAAGCAGACAAACCUAUUGUCUACAGUAACAUAGGCCAAGCAGACAAACCUAUUGUCUACAGUAACAUAGGUCAAGCAGACAAACAUAUUGUCUACAGUAACAUAGGUCCAGCAGACAAACAUAUUGUCUACAGUAACAUAGGUCAAGCAGACAAACAUAUUGUCUACAGUAACAUGGGCCAAGCAGACAAACCUAUUGUCUACAGUAACAUAGGCCAAGCAGACAAACAUAUUGUCUACAGUAACAUAGGCCAAGCAGACAAACCUAUUGUCUACAGUAACAUGGGCCAAGCAGACAAACAUAUUGUAUACAGUAACAUAGGCCAAGCAGACAAACCUAUUGUCUACAGUAACAUAGGCCAAGCAGACAAACCUAUUGUCUACAGUAACAUAGGCCAAGCAGACAAACCUAUUGUCUACAGUAACAUAGGCCAAGCAGACAAACAUAUUGUCUACAGUAACAUAGGCCAAGCAGACAAACCUAUUGUCUACAGUAACAUGGGCCAAGCAGACAAACAUAUUGUAUACAGUAACAUAGGCCAAGCAGACAAACCUAUUGUCUACAGUAACAUAGGUCAAGCAGACAAACAUAUUGUCUACAGUAACAUAGGUCAAGCAGACAAACCUAUUGUCUACAGUAACAUAGGCCAGAUUCACGAGACUUUAAACCGUGGAGAAAUCCGACAGACGUCUCUGCGGCGUGUUCUGCAGACCGGAAGUGCUGCCUACUUCAGGAUAGGGGCUGGUUCCACUGUCAGGGGCUCAACAUUUGGAGCGGAAACUCUUGCAGAUGAGGGUGGAGAAUGUGCUCCGUCCUCGGGUAUAGAGCGGCAGCUUUCCAGCCAUCACGGGAGUCACGUGACUAUUGGUGAAGAAUGUGCUCCGUCCUCGGGUAUAGAGCGGCAGCUUUCCAGCCAUCACGGGAGUCACGUGACUAUUGGUGGAGAAUGUGCUCCGUCCUCGGGUCUAGAGCCGCAGCUUUCCAGCCAGCACGGGAGUCAUGUGACUGAGGAUUGGGUAAAAUUGACCGUUUUACUGAACUUGGUGCGGAAAAGUUUCAGACAAGAUGAGGCUCGGUAUUCAGCUAGGGCGGGAUUGGAACCUGGGUUUUCCGGAGACUGGGAGUUGCUUCCAUCUCAAGAUGGAAUGACGUCAUUGACGACGGUCGUGCCUCUAACUACUCUAAGGGGUAGACACUUAACGUCACUGUCUACACGUGCGAAGAAAAAGGACAUCUUUUCGUGGGAACCAGCGGUUACCAAGGUGACAGAAAAGAUGGCGUUUUUGCGGGGCCGGGACGAAAUAAAAACAAGACGUUGAACGAUAGUUGCUGCAACUUUUUAAAUGACUUUGAUGAAGGACUGAAAGCACUUUCACUUUGCCCCUACAGUUUUCUGAAACGUAAAAACUAUCUUAAUGAAGAAGGCCCUAAUUAGUCUUGACACUGAUUGCUAGCCUCAAUAAAAUGAAUUGUAAAGUGUGAAAUAAAAGUCUUUUUU